UGGACAACCACGGGACGUAACAACGAGCGCAGCCUCCGGAGUGCAUGGGGCCAUGGCCGCCGGCCCAGGGCGAUGGGCACCUGCGGCGCGAGUGGCGCGCAUGGCGCGCAGGUCUUUGCUCCUGGUGCUCUCCCUUGGUUCCGUCUUCAUUUACCGGCCGCAAGCCCGCAGCGCUGGCUCCGCCGGCUGCGCCGGCUCCGCUGGCUCCGCUGGCUCUAGGCUCCGGCCCACGUUGAGGGCGCAGCCGGAUCUGCCGCCACUGCCGGAUCUGCCGCCGCUGCCGGAUCUGGGUGACCUGCCGCCGCUGCCGGACUUGGACCUUCCCCCCCUGGAGAUGGAGGAGCCCGACGAGCCCGACGAGCCCGUGGGCCGCAUGGGUCUGCCAGACACCGUAGAGGCGGACAUGCCCGCACCGAGCCUGUCGAGGCGGAUGCGGCAGCGGCGGCCAGGAGCGGGUCUGAAAAGAGGUCUGGGCCCUACGGCGGAAGCCUACCUCCAGGAUGCUGCGAGAAGAGACAAGCCACAGGAGUGGUAUGCUAUUCCGCCCAGUGACGAUGGGCCGGAUCCCUUGGCCUGGGAGGAGGCGCGGGUCGACUUCCUGCCGGUGGGGAAGACGGUGCGCGGAGUGAUCGAGGAGAUCAGGCCAUAUGGAAGCUUCAUUGGCUUGAUCGUUUGCGGCAUGGCAGUUGGGAGGUUCGGAGAGGACUCCCAGAUCCGUGGCUUCUGCGAAGAGCUGCAGGAGUCGGAGACCCCGAGGCAAUGGGAGGAAGGCGAGCAGGUGGCCGUCAAGAUCCUGGAGGUGGACAAGGACACCCAGCGCGUCUUGGUGUCCAUCCGCGGGGCGGACCCGCCAUGGCCCCCUCCGCGCGAGCGGGUGCUCCAUCCGAUCUCAAAGCUGUCUUGAGAAGUCGCCUGAGGCCGGAGAAGUAUGCAGAUCCUGACUUCUUUCCUCUUCCCUGAGUGGAAUUGCUUGGCUAUCUCCGAUCUCACGGAGUGCGCCUGUCUCAGCGGUGUUGUUCCGAGUGCGCAGCUUCGGUCAAAAUCGCGGAUGGCCUUGGCUCUGAAUGCUUGUGGCAGUACCGCUGCCUGAAGAUGAUGGUGUGGGGGCGGGGUGCGCUUUGGACGGAUCUUACUUGUCAACUACUUGUGGUCAAGACGCAUUGCGGGCUCCAGGGCCAAGGGAGCC